GUCGAGUGCCCGAACUUCCAACGUCGCCCCUUACCAGUGACGCGCCCUUGAUACCGUUUUACACUAUUACUUGUCAAACAUUUGCACCGUAUGCUCAUAGCUGCUUUAAGUUUAAGUCGCUGUCACCUCACUCACUUCAACCUGAAAGUGCCCCGUAAACAAGAGCAAGGCUGCAGUAGUGUAUCUCGUAUGCUGAGUUAAACCUCCCAGGGGCAGGGAGCGUGGACAAAGCUGCUUCAGGAGUUCGCACCUCACCCGGAGUCCUUCUGCGCCGACGUUAUGCAGCCUGCGGAAUGCUACAGUAAUGGUGCUCGUAAUGGCUUCGUGCCCGUGGAGCUAGUGUCAGAAGGGCCUGCCUGGAGCCUGCACGAUGACACAGCUGGGCAGUCUUCGCAACUGGGUUCGAAGGCAAGGCACCUGCUGUUUAGGCCUACAGCGGCGGGCGCCUGUGUGCAAAACGCGGGCGGAGAGUCCAACGCAACCAACGGUGAUGACGGUUCUCUGACCCGUAGAGGGCACUGUGAGCUUGCAGACUCGCCGUGGUGGGCGGCCUCCGCCCCUCAAGCAGACAUCCCCUCGCAAGCGCGAAUCAGCCCCGAUGAAGGCGAGUUCUUCAUACGCGGCUUCAGUGACCGCGCCGUCGUGCCGGCGCCUGACGCGCUGGAGUCAGUGGCCGCAGCAGCAGCGGCUCCAGCAGCCGAGUCAGUUGCAGUUGUCAACGCCCUCUCUGAUGCACGCAAAGCCACAGCCUACGAGGGCGCGCACUCCAACUCGGCCCAGCUAGUAGCGGCUUGGGCACCGCAUGAUGGAUGCGGCCCUUCUGGGGCUGCUUCCGCCGCAGCCGCCGCUGCGCACUGCGACGGCUCCCACCCAGCGGGCUGUGCCCCGCCCCGCCAGCAACCCCCGGUAGCCAGUGACGGUGGGACAGAGGAGCGCUACUGGGAGGGCUGCAGUGACGACGCCGAGCUGGGCCUGUGCCAGGAGGCAGGCAGCUUCAGCGCUAGCUUCGGCACCGGCGCAGCCGCGAGGGCUCCGCUUGAGGCCCAGCAGCCAGGGCACGCAUGGCGCAGCAACGCCUGCGCAUCCGUGGCCGGCGGAGGCGGCGGCCCGGUCAGCAGCUUGACCAACAUCAGUGAGGCACUGACACGGCUGCUUUCGGGGCCUCAAGGGGCGGCGGCGGAGUCGUACGCUGCGGAGGGCCCGCGUGCCGGUUUCUUUGUGGCGUGCGAUGCCGGCGACUGCCUGUCGGGGCCGGGGCCCACAUCAGGCAGCCCGCUGCCUGUGCCGCGCGACCUGCCCGCGCCACUGCCGCGCCAGCGCCGCCCCUGGCAGGCGCCCUGUGAGGCCGUGGACGCAGACCUGGCUGACCCUUUGGCCAUACGCUCCGGCAGCAGCCCGCUACAGGUCAACUCGCUGCUUACCCGGGCAGACAUCCACACAGGGCAGCGGGCGGACUGGGAGGAGCCGGCCUGUCCGCCCUCGCCUCCGCAGCAGUCCAGGUCGCUACAUCGCCACAGCCCGGCACUGUCAUCGGGGGAUGCGCCGCAGUCAUCUCUGCCCCAGGAUCUCUCGCCUCUUGACGCGGCUCGGGCCGCAGCCUCUCACGCGUCACCAGCAGCGCAGCUCGUAUCGCUUCAUGCUGCAGACACCCGCGUUGGUUGCACCUCCAGUGACGGCGUCCCGGAUUCCCUGUUGCGGCUUGCGGACUCGCCGCUGCUUUUGGUGGCAGGGGCUGUUGAUGCCUGCCCCCGGCCGCUGCCGGGGACGGGGCCGCAUUCGCACAUGGAGCGCGCCUCGGAUGGCAGCUGGACCGUCCACGCCUCAGCGCAGUCGGCGUCACAACCCAGUGUGCGAGGCCUGUCGGGUUCAAGUAAGCCGCAGGAGGUGCAGCACCAGCACCAGCAGCAGGCGGGCGGCAGCGCUUCCUGGCUGCGGCCGCCCCAACCGUCGACAGUUGGCAGCGCCGCCACCAAGCCGCCCAGAUCGAGUCGCAGCUCGUGUACAGAGCUGGCGGUGGCCGCCGCCACACGCCUGCCUGCGCCGCCGGUCGCAGAUCUAGUCCCCCGCCCGGCGGCACCACUGCCGCCACGACCGCCGCAGGGCGCAGCUUCUCCGCAGCCGCAGCAGCCCGUGCAGCAGCCGAUGAAUGGCCAUGGCGGUUUGCUACAACCUCGACUGCCCUGGCUGGCGGCUCUGUCAGCUGAGGACGCCGUGCGCUACUCCGGCUCCGGCAGCGAAGACGCCGCCACUGUUGCCCACUCAACAAACAGCGGCCCUCUGCCCAGGCCUUCCGCCUGCGCUGACCGGUCCGACAGCUCCCAGCGCGGUAACAGUGGCCCGUUACGCCUGCUGCCGCAGCGUGCCAGUGCGCUGACCCCCGCUACAGCUGCAGCCGUGGUGGAUGCUGCGUUGGGACCAGACGCGCUGUCUGCGGCCGAAGGCUUGCUGUUCGUAUCCGCGGCUGCCCCCGAAGAGCUGCUACAGCCGCUUGCAUUCCAGCAGCAGCUGCAGCUACAGCCAGAUGAGGAAGGGCUGGGCAGCACCCAGCCGCCAUCGCUGCCGCAGGACCUGCAGCUGUGGUGCAUGGGGCGGUUCAAGGUGGUGCGCAAGCUGUACGAGGGAUACGCCAGCCGCGUGUUCAGGGCGUCCUGUUUGCGUUCGGGAGCCGAGGUGGCCCUCAAAGCCUACGACACGUCAGGUCUCAACACCUUCCUGCGACACCAGGUGCUACGAGAGCUGGACAUCCACGCGCGCCUAACGCACACCUCAAUCGUGCAGCUGUACGCGGUAUUCAAGGAGGGCGAUAUCCUGGUGAUGGUGCAGGAGUACGUGCGCGGCGGCAGCCUGGACCGCGUGAGCAGCAGGGUAGUCACGCCUACCUCCCAUUCGGCCCCACGGUCUCGAUCCACAAUCGUACAACCACCGAUCAACUGACUUCCACGAUAAGAAUCUGAACUAGAAUCGAGGGGAUAUGGUGGUUAGCACGUGGUGGAACCGGAAGCGUGUGGAGUUGGUGUGGGACCGGGACCCCCGGCAGAGUAGUCACGCCUACCUCCCGUUCGGCCCAACGGUCUCGAUGCACAAUCGUACAACCACCGAUUAUGCUAUUUCCCCAAUUAGAAUUGGAACCGGAAUCGGGCAGAUUUGGUGGGUCAGGAGGGGACCCAGAGGUUGGUUGGAUUUGGUGGCCCCUCGUGACAGCUGUAACGCGUGCUUCUUGGUCAAUCGUACUGCCCCUGAAUAGAAUGUAUUACGAGAGUCUCGCGAACCAGAAUGUCGGGGAUUUGGUGGGCACGCGUGUGUGCGUGGCACCUGCUGUAACACGCCUACCUCCAAUU